GACCCCACGACGAGCACCCCGCCGUCCUGUCCCGUCCCGUUGCGCGAGGCCCCACCGCAUUUCUCCCCUCCCGGUCACCGGGGAGAAAGCCACAGAAGCGACUGCGUCACAGCCCUGACCCAUGUCGGCGCCGCGCCGCUAGCGCGAGGGGGAGGAGGCGAUGAAGCCGCCGCAGCAGCAGAGGGGAGGAGGUGGCGCGUUGGGGCGGCGCGGCUUCGCGGCGCUGCUCGCGGCGGCGGUCGUUGCGCUCGCGCUCCUCUGCCUCUUCUACGGCGCCGCCUUCGGCCCCACCCUCCGCUCCCGCCGCCUUCCUCUCCAGCGCCGGUUCGAGGUUGUCCAGGCCCUCCCCGCCGACCUCGCGCUCUCCUCCCUCCCGGUGUGCGACGCGGGGUACUCGGAGCUGAUCCCGUGCUUGGACCGGGGCCUCCUCUACCAGCUCCGCCUCAGGCUCAACCUCUCCCUCAUGGAGCACUACGAGCGCCACUGCCCGCCGGCGCACCGCCGCCUCAACUGCCUCAUCCCGCCACCCGCCGGCUACCGGGUGUCAAUCAGGUGGCCGAGGAGCCGGGACGAGGUGUGGAAGGCUAACAUACCACACACCCACCUUGCCUCUGAGAAGUCCGAUCAGCGGUGGAUGGUGGUGAACGGUGACAAAAUCAACUUUCCCGGUGGAGGCACCCACUUCCACGCUGGUGCUGACAAGUACAUUGUGCACCUUGCGCAGAUGCUGAAUUUUCCGAAUGGUAAGCUCAGCAAUGGAGGGAAUAUCAGGAAUGUGCUGGAUGUUGGUUGUGGGGUUGCCAGCUUCGGGGCCUACCUUCUUCCGCUCGAUAUAAUUGCAAUGUCGCUUGCUCCUAACGAUGUGCACGAGAACCAAAUACAGUUUGCCCUUGAAAGAGGAAUCCCAUCAACCCUCGGUGUGCUGGGCACAAGGAGGCUGCCAUACCCCAGCCGCUCAUUCGAGCUGGCACACUGUUCUCGUUGUCGGAUUGACUGGCUGCAGAGGGAUGGGAUCUUGUUGCUGGAAGUGGAUAGGGUUUUGAGGCCUGGAGGGUAUUUUGUGUAUUCAUCACCAGAGGCUUAUGCUAUGGAUCCCAUCAACAGGAAUAUAUGGAGAAAGAUGAGUGAUCUUGCUCGAAGAAUGUGUUGGCAGAUUGCAUCUAAGGAGGAUCAGACAGUCAUAUGGGUCAAGCCAUUGACUAAUGAGUGCUAUAUGAAGAGAGAGCAAGGAACACUUCCUCCCAUGUGUGACCGUGAUGAUGAUCCAGAUGCUGCUUGGAAUGUGCCCAUGAAAGCAUGUGUAACUCCGUACUCGGAAAGAGUGCACAUGGUUAAAGGUAGUAAUCUCCUUCCAUGGCCGCAAAGGCUUACCACACCACCCCCUCGUCUUGAAGAGCUUGGAAUCAGUUCAAACAAUUUUUCUGAAGACAAUGAGAUUUGGCAUUCUAGGGUUAUUCAGUACUGGAAACUCAUGAAAUCUGAGAUUCAAAAGGAUUCAUUUAGAAAUGUUAUGGAUAUGAGUGCAAACCUUGGUGGAUUUGCAGCAUCUCUGAGGAAAAAGGAUGUCUGGGUGAUGAAUGUAGUUCCUUCCGCAGAAUCCGGCAAACUGAAGAUCAUCUACGAUCGUGGUCUAGUAGGGACCAUCCAUAAUUGGUGCGAGUCAUUCUCAACAUAUCCACGCACCUACGAUCUCCUUCACGCCUGGCUCCUUCUUUCUGAGAUAGAGAAACAAGGGUGCAGUGUGGAAGAUCUGCUGAUUGAGAUGGACCGCAUCAUGAGGCCUCAUGGGUAUGCCAUUAUCAGAGACAAAGUUGCUGUCAUAAGCUACAUCAAGAAGCUUUUACCAGCUCUAAGAUGGGACGACUGGUCAUCUGAGGUGAAACCCAAAAAGGAUGCCCUUUGGUCCGGUGAUGAAAGAGUACUGAUCGUGAGGAAAAAACUGUGGAAUCCGACAAUGUAGGCCUUGUAGCAGACACGCAAAACAUAGUUCUUAUUUUGACCUUAGUUACCCACUUAGCCAGUCACUGCUAAACUGUGAUAACCUGAUGAUCAGUGUAUUAAGCGACUGAUGAUCAAUGCUUAGCAGUUAGCACGAGAUGAAAGCCAUUUUAAAUGUGGAGUUUCACAAGGAACCAUGUCAUUCACCCGCUUGAGCAUAAAAUUAGCCAUAGCAGCA